GAGAUUAUUCAAAUAGGGCCCAAGGCGUAGAAGUAGGGAUUGGAGGCUUGCCUAGCGCACAGAGCUAUAUCACAGCGUUAACAGGCAGCACGGAGCGUCAUUUGAACUCCAGUCACUGACAGACGCAUUUCACGGCUGGCUCCGUAAGACACACAUGCAGCCAGUCCUCGACGAAGGGACACACCGACGACCUAAAUACACCCAGUGGUCCCCAGUCACCUGCUAUUAGAGAGACUUUUGGCUUUUCCUCUGCUGGGAGACGCUUUGUAAAAAGUCCUCCAUGAUGCUUGGAGCAGUUAAAAUGGAAGGACACGAACACACCGACUGGAGCACCUACUACGGAGAGCCCGAGUGUUACACCUCGGUUGGCAACAUGAACACGGGCCUGGGAAUGAACUCUAUGAAUACCUACAUGAGCAUGUCCGGCAUGAGCACCACUGCCAACAUGACGGCCAACUCCAUGAACAUGUCGUACGUCAACACGGGCAUGAGCCCCUCCAUGACCGGCAUGUCGCCGGGCACCGGAGCCAUGAACGGCAUGGGCGCGGGCAUGACGGCCAUGAGCGCAGCCCUCAGCCCCAGCAUGAGUCCCAUGACCGCGCAGCCCGCGUCUAUGAACGCUCUGACAUCCUACAACACCAUGAACGCCAUGAGCCCCAUAUACGGACAGUCUAACAUCAACAGGUCCAGAGACCCUAAGACCUACCGCAGGAGCUACACGCACGCCAAACCCCCGUAUUCCUAUAUUUCUCUCAUCACCAUGGCCAUUCAGCAGUCUCCCAGUAAGAUGCUGACACUGGCCGAGAUCUACCAGUGGAUAAUGGACCUCUUCCCUUUUUACCGACAGAACCAGCAGCGCUGGCAGAACUCCAUUCGCCACUCUUUGUCCUUCAAUGACUGUUUCCUCAAAGUGCCCAGGUCGCCGGAUAAACCCGGGAAAGGUUCGUUUUGGACUCUCCACCCGGACUCCGGGAACAUGUUCGAGAACGGCUGCUACCUGAGGAGGCAGAAGCGCUUCAAGUGCGAGAAGAAGAUGCCCAUGAAGGACGCCGGGCGCAAAUCGGGAGAUGGCGGCUCCUCCAACAGCAGCUCCGAGAGCUGCAACGGCAACGAGUCCCCGCACUCCAACUCCUCCUCCAGCGACCACAAAAGGUCCCUGUCGGACAUGAAGACGAGCCAGGCCCUGAGCCCGGAGCACGCCGCCGCCUCCCCGGUGUCGCAGGGGCAGCACCUCAUGUCCCAGCAUCACUCUGUCCUUGCUCACGAAGCGCACCUGAAGCCGGAGCACCACUACUCCUUUAACCACCCCUUCUCCAUCAAUAACCUCAUGUCCUCGGAGCAGCAGCAUCAUAAAAUGGACCUAAAGACUUACGAGCAGGUGAUGCAUUACUCCGGCUACGGCUCCCCCAUGACCGGGGCUCUUUCCAUGGGCUCCAUGGCGGGGAAACCUGGCCUGGAUUCUUCCUCCAUACCUGACACAACUUACUACCAAGGUGUCUAUUCCAGGCCAAUCAUGAACUCCUCAUAAACUCUUCACCGCCUCUAUCCGAUGUGGACUUUCUCCCCUUCAAUUUGUACAUUUGUAAAAAAAAAAAAAAAAAUAUAGAGUUUGUGUACAAUAUGUAUUUCAGAUAUUUUUGAUGUUUCCCCACCGUUUUAGUUGUCGAGUUUGUUAGUAGUCUGAUUAUUUUGAGAAAGGAUGUUGACAAUAAUAAUGAUAAUAAUUAAAAGUAAUGAUAAUGUGACGAGACCUGUUCAGAAGUCGGCUUCAGGAAUGAAUGGACCCCAAAGACAAAAUACAAACAAAAACUUGCUGUAAAAUAGCCUCCAUCUGCAUAACUGGAUUCCUAAAUGAAUUUAAAUGCCUCGCAGGAUUUCUUCAAUCAUUUGUGUAAUUCCUAUUUAUGGCUUGUAUAUGUGUAUUCUUGUAGUGACAAGAACAGAAUCUAUAUUAAAGUGUUAUUGGUUUUGUUUUCUGAA